AUGGCCUCAUUCCCAAAUAAGCUGCCCGAAUCAUACGCUUCGUUCAAGUACGAUGGUCUACUCGUCUCCCAUGUCCCAGCGAGCUCUUCAUCCGUUACAAAGGUCAUCAUGGUCACCCUCAACCGGCCCAAAAAGUACAACGCCAUGAAGGGAGACAUGUUCACCGGCCUCGAGGUGAUCUUCAACACCGUCAGCGAGGACCCGCGGGUCCGCGCGGUCGUCAUCACGGGGGCAGGCAAGGCGUUCUCCGGAGGCGCGGACCUGGAUGUUGGGUUUAUGGGUAUGAUGGCCCUCAAGGAGACGGAGGAAUCGAUGAGGGAUUUUAGGGAUUGGAGCGGACGGGUUGCGCUGGCGAUCUCAAACUGUAAGAAACCCACCAUCGCCGCCGUCAACGGCCCCGCCGCCGGCGUCGGUCUGACAAUGAUCCUCCCGGCCACGAUCCGGGUAGCCUACGAGGGCGCGCGGUGCGGCUUCCCCUUCUCCCGGCGCGGUCUCGUCCUCGAAUCCUGCAGCGCCUUCUUCCUCCCGCGCCUCAUAGGCCUCUCGCGCGCCAACCACGUGGUCGCGACGGGGGAUAUGUACCCCGUCACGGAUCCGCUUGUCAGCGGGCUGUUUUCAAAGUUUCUGCCCUCGCCGGGGGAGACGGUGGAGUACGCGGUGAGGUUGGCGGAGGAUCUGGCGGAGAAUACGUCGUUGGAUCCCAAUCGUGACCUUGAGCAAAACGGCUCCAAAACCAUGUCGCAAAACGGAAAUACAGGCAAGGAUGGGCGGAAGAGGGUCCUCGUUGUCGGCGCCGGUGCUGCUGGCAUGUCGACAGCGUACCAUCUCUCGAACCACCCGGACAAGUUCGAUGUGACCCUCAUCGACUCGGUCGAUUACUGCGGAGGACAGGCCUUUUCGAUGCCCAUUAACAAGGAGCGACACGGCGCGAGCUGGUUCAACCAGGGUGUACAGGGCGGCAGCUACAUCUUCCACCACACGCUGACCAUGUUCGCCCGCCAAGGCUACCACGCGGAUCCCGUCAAGCUUCAGGUCUCCUUCGGUAAGGACGAUAAGUUCUGGACCAACGUCUUCCCGACCGAGUUCAUCGAGAAGCACCAGGCCGAAGUCCGCAGACUGGCUUUCAUGCUCAAGAUUAUGAGGUGGUUCGAAGUUUUUUUCGCAUUACUGCCGUUGAAAGUUGUCUUCAAGCUAUUUCGAUUCUCAGACGAGUUCACAAACGUCGUGGGAUUGCCCAUGACUGCUCUCUUCCUUGGUACUGGCAACGCGACGCCAGAGGUGCCCGCCAUCAUGUUGGAACGUCUUUGUACUUCGCCAACGUACGGAAUGUGGUACCCCGCCGACCCGAACAGCGUCGCCUCCAACCAGCCGCCAAUGGUCGUCUUCCCCAACUUUACCGAUUUCUAUACUACAUGGAAGAAGGACCUUGAGUCUCGAGGCGUGACUGUUCGCUUGUCGACGGAGCUCACUGAGGUUGUCCAUCGCAACAAGCGUGGCGUCCUCGUAAAGACCAAACCCCGGACCCCCGUGGAAGACGGACAUAACCCCGUUGGCGGCGACCCAGAUGCAAUCGAGUCAGAGGAACACUACGACGAGAUCGUCAUGUGCGUCCUUGCUGACACCGCUAAGAAGAUCCUGGGCAAGACCUCAUCAUGGCGCGAGCGCAAGGUGCUCGGCUCGGCUACCUUCUCCGACGAUAUCACAAUUACUCACAACGACGCCGACUACAUGAAAAAGUACUAUGAGAACUUUUACGACGAGAAGAAGGCUGUAAAGACACUCGGCAAGAAGGGCGAAGUUGACGAGUCAUCCCGCCUUGCGUUCGCCAAGGACAACUUUAGACCCAUGUACUACAUUCGCAUGUACGACGAUGACCUUUCCAAGCUGGAGAUGUGCUUUGACACCACCAACUACCAGUCCCAGUUCCCCGACAAGGUUCCCUUUGAGCAGCACGUCUUCCAGACCAUCUACCUGAACAAGGACCGCGACCGCAAGCACUGGACCGACAGCGAGAUUGACAAGGACAAGAUCAUCCGCGCCGACUGGUGGCAUCAGCUUUGCCACACAUGGAAGCACUACACCUUUGUCGUACCGUGGAUGAUGUUCCUCCAAGCCAAGAAGCGCGUCCGUUUCGCAGGCUCAUGGACUCUGGUCAAUGCGCACGAGGUCGCCAUCAUGUCUGGUAUUGCUGCCGCUGUCGACAUGGGCGCGGAUUACCCCGAGGAUUUGGAGCACGACAAGUUUGCGCUCUUGUGCUUCAGGCUCUACUAUCUGUUGGCGUAUGGGAAAUGGUAUCGUCGCAAGUUCAAGGACAGCAAGAGCCAGAAGGCCAAGGAUGGCGCGGGCUGGGCUUCUGGGUUAUAUGGCAGUGUGUACAAGGGUCCUGGUGUGGCUGAGCAGGAGAGGUCGGUUUGGAGGGAGGAAGUUAAGGCAGGGCGAAGCACGGAGAACCUAGCGGAGGGCAAUAACGGGCGGAGUCAGCCUUAG